AUGCGGUAUGCCCUCAGCGGCGCAACCCGGGCCUGGAUAUCUUUGGAUGAUGAGAGCAGACGGCAGUGGGUAACUGAGCAAUAUGAGGAUUUCGUGCGAGAUGCGCCGCCUACCUGGCGUGCUCACCUGCCGAGCUACGUGUGUGCUGAAGAGACAGGUCUGUCGAGCCAACCACAGGAAGUUCACGAGCACGUGGCUGAGCUUCUGGAUGCUGGCUUAUUGAUGCCUGAGGACCUCCUGUGUCCUGAUGACUUGCAGCGUUUCCGGCCUGCACCAAGCAUGGCUAUGGACUCAGCAGGUUCUGCCCAGCCGCCAGCCCAUGUUAAAGCAGAGGUGCCGCUGUGCCCAGUGAAGCGAGAGUUGCAGAAGCAGCAGCCGCGGCAGUUGCGGCGGCAAGACAUCAAGGUAUCCGGCGAGGACAUGGAAAGGCACCUCACCAAGGAUAUUGCCCAUCUCUAUGAGCCCUAUACCCGUAGCAUGCUGAACUUUGUGCAAGUCCUCAGAGGCUUAUGUUCCGUAUGCAGGUUGUGGCACAAGGAUGGGUGGCCGCAGCGUGUGGCUGUGCUGAGUGGGGAUGAUGAGGCACGAACCCAGUUGCUUGAGAUGCAAGUUGCCGCGCCUAUGCUUCUGGCUGUCCUGCAGUCUCCAAACCACUGGAGCUUGAUGGCCGUCCACAAGCAUGCUGAGGGUGUGGAUGCCUUGCAUUAUGACACCCUGGGUGACAAGGUAUGUUAUGACCAUGGCCUGGCAAUUCUGACCUACUUGCGGGAGUCGGGCUGGUUGCAAAGCAUCCCUCCGCUGCAGCAAGCUUCUGUACCUCCUCAGGGCGACCCAUGGUCGUGUGGCCAUAGAGUCGUUAUAUUGAGCGACUUGAUCCUAGAUGCCCUCAGUUCGCAGGGCAGGUUGCCGCCCAACGUUGCAGAGCUUCCUUCCGCGCUUGUGGAUACCUUGAUCACCUCUUCUGUCCGGGCACGCCAGAUGAAGGCUGAGAAGCUGAAGCGAGAGGCUCCCUGUGACCGACUGCCUCCUGCUAAGAAACAAGCGUCGUCCAGCGCAUGCCCUGCUUCCUCACCAAAGCGCGUCGUGGAUGAUGACUUCGACAAUGAACCAUGCACUCCACCCCCAACACGACGCAGAUGCAUUGAGCCCUCAAGUGGAUCCAUGUCUACCCCACCCAAGAGGGGCAUUCGUCCAUCCAGACUGGCAGUGGCCAAAGCCCAGGCAGCUGCUGCCAAACACAAAGCCGCCUCGCCUGAGAGGAAGAAGACGUCAGUCUGCGCCCCGAUCCUGACGCAUGCUGAGUUCCAGCACGCGCACUAUGAGCAGCAGCAGGCGCCGCCGAAAGGCCACUGGAAGGCCUUCCUCAAGGCCACACAGGACCCUUCUCUCACCAUUGUCCGCCGUGUCUGCAGCCGACUACGCCAACAAGGUGUAGCCGAGCCAGCGUGUGAGCCUGCGGUUGCUCAGCAACCUCAAGAGCAAGCCAUUGUGGCAGUCGCAGCAGCGUCUCCGCCCCGCACUCCUGUUGGCAAAGGUAGGCCGCGGAGGGAUGAGCCAGCAAAUGCUCGCUUCAACCUUCGAAGCUAUCUGAAAUCGCGCCGCUCAGAGGUCUAUGCAGAGACUCCUGGCAGCUGGACUUCAAAUGUCGAGUAUCAUUGCCGGGCAUGCCAGAGAGAUAUCAAAUUCUGUCGUUCCACAGACAUUGCCAAGUUGCAUAAGCACAAGCAGGGGCAAAAGCAUAGAAGGGGCUUGGUGAGAUUGGGCCUGAUCCAGCCUGUGGCUGAGGAGGCAGAUGAGGCAGGCGUAGAGGCUGCAGUCGUCCCAGCUCAACCCCGCUGCAAGGGAGUGCGGAUUGACAACCCUUUGAGGAUGCCUCGCACCAUCUAUGCAUCUGGGGAACAUGACCCAAUGGAGAACGUCAUCUUUGAGACCAGCAAUGAGGGAGGUUCAGUCCGAGCCCGAAAUUGCGAGGGUACCUGCGCUGGAGCCCAGCAUGCCUGCGCAGCCUGUCUGAAGGUUGCGAAGAGCAAGGACUUCCGUGCCGCAGUUGCUGUCAAAGCUUAUGAGAUGGACUUAUGUAUGCUGUGCCAUAAAGCCCUUCACGAGUCAGAAGAUGCCGCUGCGAGCUUCAAGCAACACAUCCGGACCCGCGACUACAUGUUGACUGGUCUUGCCGGUGGCAACUUUCAGACCUUCGAGCGCGCAGAGUCUCCUCUCGAGCUGGCGCGAAAGGUCCGCAACCGCUUCGACAGCACACCUCUUUGGCGAAUGAGCGAAGCCUGGAAGGCUUACCUGUCGACGCACCUCUCAAAGGCGCCGCUGCAUUUUGACACUGACCCGGAGGCAGCGGCGCACACAGCCUUGACAAGUGCGCUAUCAACGGCUGUUCUGCAGGGUCGUGCCAAGGCCUUGGACCUGCAACUUGCCGCGCGCGUGGCUGGCGGGGCGCUCAGAGGCGACGCCCUUGUCCAGGGCCUCGUCACAACGUUCCUGCAGCAGACCAGGCAGGAGAUGGCGAGACCAGGAUCGAAUCGGCACUUGGAGGAUCUGCAAGGGGUUGCAGAAGCAUUCCAGGUGCUCGGCAGAACCAAAGAGUGGGACAAGCUACUGAAAGCCUUCCGCCUGAAUCCCCGGGCGUUGCCCAGGCUUACACUUGAUGCGCCUCGCUUUCCAGCUGCGUUUGGCAGCUUGUCAUCCUUUGACCAGGUCAAAGCCAGCUUCUCUCGGGCUGCCUCUAUAUUGCGUGCUGUCAACACAAGAUUACACUUAAUGUUUGAUGAAACAGUGUGGGCUCCGGGAGUGGAGCAAGUUCGUCAUAUGAGAGACGGGCUUGACUUCCUCGUGGGUGGCGUGUGGGACCGACACCCAUCUGACACCUUCCACAUGGUGUGCGCUGAGACCCUUGCAGGUGAUGUGGGCCAUGUCCCCGCAGACAAGCUGGCGCGCUUGACGCUGCACUUCUGCGUUCAGCGUCCGGACAGUCGCAAGGCUGUCAUCGACACCUGUACUUUGCCUCGGCAGUAUGGAGGCAGUUCGGCGCAAGAAACGUUCGAGCUGUUGGCAGACUACCUUGAAGCUGUGACGGAAGCAGCGUCUGGGCUCCCUCCGCAAUCCAUAGCGUUUGACGGUGCCACGCUGAACUCGCUCGUGAAUGCUGCCUUUGGUGGAUUGGUGAGCCAGGAGGUUUUGCAGAGCCUGCCAUGGUUCCAGAAUUGCGAGGUCAUUAAGGUGCCCCGUUGCAAGCAGUGGCCGUACGGCUACCUCGUCUACCGCUCGGAACCCAGGGCAGACCGCUUCAUGGCGUCUGCGUUCAAUGGGGCCUAUCACGUGCAAAAGCGCCUGAGCCUGCAGUUCCUGGGUUGCACGAGGAAGGUCACGUUUGGCGCUCUUCUUGUGGAGUGCGCGCCGCUUCUUGGCCACGGCAUACCUUUCAAGGUUUACGCUGGCUCGGAUAUCAUGUCCGAUGCAGCAGCUGUCAUGAGAUUGAGUAUGCCAUAUUUGCAGCGCAGUUGCCUGACACUGGGUCUCCACGUGGCGGCAUUUAUUGCCGCGCUUCAGGCCUCGUAUACCACUGCGAGCAAGGUUCUGGACAAGCAGCAGCAAUGCAUCAAUGCCUUCACCAUGUUUUACCUCAUGGCCAUGCAUGUCUGCUUCAACCAGCGCAUCUACGGUUCACUCUGGCAAGGGUAUACGCUGUCCGCCCAAACCAUCAAGAACUCAUGCCUUCUAGCGGCCCAUUCCGUUCAUGGGACAAUGAGUCACAUCGAGCCUGCGCUGUGCCAGGAGCUGGGAAUCGAGCACUACUUUGCUUUGCUGAAGAAACCGUUCCGGGGCGCUCCUUCGGUGAAGGAUUGCGUGCAGGGCACUGCCCGUGCAGUGCUAGAACAGAUCAGGGCCAUGGACGGGGAGAAGCUGCAAGUCACACACACGGACAAAUCCCGCGAUGCCCUGGAUGCAGCAACGGUCGCCCGAUGCAGCGCAGCAGCCUUCAAUGCCAGCGUGAGGUUCUUCGCGUGCCUCAGUGUUGACCUGAGCUUGGACGAGGCCGUCCGGGUGUUUGAGACCUGGUAUCGCAAGAAGGGCCACGCUUUCUUUGGAGCUGUUACGUCAGAGUCUAGCCCAGAAGAUUUCCUCUUUGAAGAGGUCAACGUUGAAGAGAUGUCCGACUACAUGGGCGUACCUCAUAAAGCAGACUGUGAGGUUGUGCAAGCUGUUCAGGAUCGGGCAGCGCUGCAGGAGGAAUUGUCUUCGCUGCACGUGGAGGUGGAGGGCGGUGCUGAGGCCUCAGCGCCGGCCACUGCAGAUGUUGAGACGGAUCCUGACACAAUUUUCGGGAAGCCGGAUGAAGAGUCCAAGGGCUGUGCGCAGCCACUCACUUUGAUCGACAUUGUGCAGCGUGCUAUGGCUACGAAGAAGGAGUCUUUUGACCUCGGAGACGCAGGUGGCCAAGGAGACAGGGCUUGUCUGCUGCGCGCCAAGACCCUGCUGACGCCCAUGCGCCAGUUCAUCAGGAUGAUCCGCUGCGAGGAAUCCAUCUUGAGCCAGGCAAGCAUAGAAGGUGGCGUGCCAGCUGGUAAUGAUUGGAAUCGGCGGGAACACCUGCUGGCGGUGGCGCGCCGCAAUGCGCAAUUGAGCCGCAUCCGCGUCAGCCGCUUUCAGAUGUGGGCUGAUGCCCAGAAGAAGCUGAGCGCUGAGCUUACCGAGAUUGUGGGUGGGAAAGAGGGCUUGGUGCCUGUUGACACUUACCGGCCUUGCGUGUCGGAAGCAUUGCCGCAAGUGCUGGCAGUGCGAGAUGUGAGUGGUAACCCCUGCGUGGCUUUGACAUUGUGCGUCUACAGAGGUGCUGUGUUGAGGAGCCCUGCCAAGCCAUCGCAGCGCAUCCGGACCAGCAAGCCGAUGCCGGGCAACCUGCCCGCCGCAGCUACCAAGCUCAUCCACGCGCUCAAGAUGCACGAGGAGAAUGGUGAGCACAUUGCGUCUUGCACUGGCCAGGUACUGUUGCUGCAGCCUUCCGAAAGUCAUGUUUUCGGGGAACUGCGAGCCGAGGAGGUCAAACCGACGGCUAUUCGGAUACACCUGCGCCUGAGCAAGGCUUCUAGUGAUGCCAUGCGUGUGCUGGCAUCUGGCAAGCAUCCUUUGCCCAUCCUGCCUUCCGAAAAUAAUGCUUCAGAUGCCGCAGCUGUCGAUGUGGAAGAGGAGCAAGAGUUGACGCGAGCAGCUGCUGCUGAACCUCGUGUGCUCUUCAAUGACCGCUCGUUCAUGCGAGGCACCCAUGAGCAGAACCUGGACAAGUUCUUUGAGGGUCUGCGUCGCGAGUAUGAAAGCUAUGGCCACGCAUUCGUCGAUAGCAACGAGAUGGUCAUGCUCAAGCGACCUACACCAUGGGCGUCCUUGCGGCUCCGCAUCCCAAGUUGCUGCUUGAAAAUGUGCGGCGACCUCAAAGGCUACAAAUUCUCGAAGGCCAUCACUCUGCUUGCUUUCCUGCUACUUGGUAACGUUUGUUUGUUGAUGUUUGUUGUGGAGCGUGAUGGCCUGAUUGAGUUCAGCGAAUUCGUGGCGACAUGCUUGCCGUCGGCCCGAGAGCUGUUUGCAGUGUCGCUGCAGAUGGCGUUCCACAGCUUCGACACCAAUUCAGACGGAACACUCGAUCGAUCAGAAAUUGCGCAGCUUCUCCAGAGCGGCCAGAUCGAGGAGACCCAUCUGCCAAAGACCAAGACGGUGCAGGAAAUGGUAGAAGAGCUUGACCUCGACCACAAUGGCGUGAUAUCUUUCAGCGAGUUCCAGCACUACUUCAUGAAUGUUGAUGCUGGGCACGCUUGA